CAGCCCAAUCUGCUGACAGCAUGUUGCAGAGCAGGGCUAGCAGACAGAGGAUCUAAGUAAAUCGUGCGCACAAUGUGGUGGCUGGAGGAAUGCACGGAGGAAGCAGAGCUCCAAACAUGAGCCACCUCCUCCUGUAACUAAUAUAAAAUGAGACUGGCAUAAAGAAUGCGAGGAGGCAGGCAGUGCUGAGCGGUAGCCGAAUCUUAGCCACCUGCCUCCUCAACAAGCCUACCGGAACACUCAGAAGCAGAGCUGGCAUCCUGUACUAUCACGCCGAGACGGAGAACGUCUGAGAGCCACGGCCGCAUGACGUCACAAGAACGAGACCUGUGGCGAUAGUGGAGAGCAACAGGACGUAUUUAUGAUUCUGCGGUGACAAGUCUUGGCCGGGAGAAGUCUUCAUGAUGACCUAGACAGAUGGAGAAAAAAGUAAAAGUGAGCAACUCAGAUCAAAGAAGACGUCACCUGUAAUUCACUUGGAGAAGACGUCACCUGUGACUCACUGGAUGUAACUAUUUGCUUUGGACUUGAUAAAGAGAGGAAUCCCGAAAGCUUGUCUCUACAAAAUGCUGUUAGUCCAAUAAAAAAGAUUUGCACCAGAUAGUGAGGAUUUUCCUGUAUUCCUUGAUCUUUCUACUGGGUGUCCUGGGCAACAGCUUGGUUAUAGUGGUCCUAAUAAGGAAUAAGAGGAUGCGGACUGUCACCAACAUCUUCUUAUUGUCAUUGGCAGUCAGUGAUCUAAUGCUCUGUCUUUUCUGCAUCCCCUUUACUCUUAUUCCAAAUUUGCUGGAGGACUUUAUAUUUGGUAGCACAGUCUGCAGUGGUGCUUUCUAUUUCAUGGGUAUCUCUGUAAGUGUCUCAACAUUUAAUCUGGUUGCCAUAUCUCUGGAGAGGUAUAGUGCAAUAUGUAAGCCGCUACAGUCAAGGGUAUGGCAGACAAAGUCACAUGCCCUGAAGGUUAUUGCGGUUACAUGGUUGCUUUCAUUUACGAUGAUGUCACCGUACCCAAUUUAUAGCACGUUGGUACCAUUUCCAAAGUAUGAAAAUACAACUGGACAUAUGUGUCGCCUUGGGUGGCCCAAUGACCUCACCCAACAAGCAUGGUACAUAUUUCUUCUGUUAAUUCUCUUCCUUGUCCCGGGAAUUGUUAUGACGAUUGCAUAUGCCUUAAUUUCCAUGGAAUUAUACAGAGGGAUCAGAUUUGAUGCAAAUCAGAAAAAAGAACGGACAAGCAGUAUAAGCAGUAACCAGUUCGAAAAUGGAGACGGCUGCUAUCUCCAGAAGUCAAAAAGGAAGAAUAAAGUCGAAAUGCGUCAGCUGUCCUCAGGUCACAGCAGUACCAAGAUCGAAAGAGUCCGCAGCAACAGCUCAGCUGCCAACUUAAUGGCCAAGAAAAGAGUUAUCCGCAUGUUGAUCGUCAUUGUCAUCUUGUUCUUCAUCUGCUGGACUCCUAUUUUCAGUGUCAAUGCUUGGAGAGCCUUCGAUGCCACCACUGCAGGAAUCCUCCUGUCUGGAGCCCCCAUCUCUUUUAUCCACCUGCUCUCCUACACCUCAGCUUGUGUCAAUCCUAUUAUUUAUUGCUUCAUGAAUAAGCGAUUUCGGCUUGGAUUCCUGGCCACCUUCAACUGUUGCCCUGGAAGAGAUGUGCAAAGCAGAGGGAUGGUGCCAGGAGUAGGAGAGGAAGAUGGCAGGACCACUGGGGCAUCAUUAUCCAGGUAUACCUACAGUAACAUAAGUACCUCUGCUACUGCCACCGCCCCAACAUGAGCACCAGAAAACAUACUGGGAGGCAUUUAUAAAGACUGGUUAAGUCGAUCACAGUAAGCUAUUGUUGGAAAGAACUUCAUACCGCACAGUGGAUUAUAAACAGACUACAUUAAUAUGACUGGUAUGAAGGCACCCUGGGUGACUCUCGCUAGAUCAAUCAUGGUAAAUUGUUUGGUUGCUGCAUUAGUAUUCAUAAGCCGCAGAUCUAAACUCCAUUCAAUUACUCACCAAGACGUCUGCAAAACUUCAUUGAUUCCAGCCUAGGUGCCAUGGGGAAGACUUAGGGCUGAGAUACAUCACCGCUGGUUCCAUAUGCUUCAUUAUACGUGUAUAUGGAAUAGACUUCUGUUUAAAACAUGGAUCCUGGCUACACCUUCGCAUGUUUCUAUAAAAUAGCAGGACUUUAUCUGUCAUUUGUCUAUCAUACUCUGUACUACAAGUUUUACUCAGCCUGAUGCUUUAGCUGUGCACCAUGCUUAUCUUUUUGGAUAAACCACUCAACAAAAUGGCACAGAUCUGGUAGGUAAGUUGUCACUCAUGUAAGCAAAAAUAAUACGCAAACGAUAUUGUUAUCCAAGUACAGUACUGUACAAAUGGUUGUCGCUGUGCCUAGUACUGCAGCGUAGCCCAUUCAAGUAAACAGCUGCAGUACCAGUCACAACCACACAUGUAUUUGGGGAGCUGUGCCUGGGUCCCCAGAAUUUCAAGAGACCCUAUACGGUAUAUCAAGGAUCAGCAAUCCAUUAAUUAGAUUAGAACUUCCGUGGGGCACUUUGGGCUUGUUGUUGUGUGAAGGUGGAAAGAUGGGUGGUCUUGUGUGUUUUUGGGUGGGGCUUGAUUGAACCCCUUUCAGCUCUUCAAAUAAUGUUUAGAUCCCCAUAGGACUUCUGAUGUCUAAGAAAGGAAAAGUGCACUUCUAGCAAUGCCCUUAUCCUAAAUCCUUCUUUGCCCGAAAGAUUGAUAAACUAAAAAAAUAAAUAAAAUAAAAAACACAAAAUUCUUUUUUUUUUUCUUCUUCUGUUUUAUUUGUUCAUUGGGGUUUAUUUGUUAAGGGAAAGAAAUAGGAAAUACAUGUGACUGAAAUCAUUUUUAUAAAUAUGAAAUUGCUUAUUUGAAAAAGAUAUCUCCUAACAUAUAAUGUACAUA